AUGUUGACCUCGCCGCUCGUUCUGCUCGCCUCUCUGUGUGCUGGACUCGUCCAGGCUCAGCCGACCCUUGAGGAUCUCUACGUUGACAAUGCGCCCUCCUCCCCACGUCCCUACGUCAUUCCUCACUACGCCAAUUCGCACGCCGUCACCGUGGAGUCCCAGCUCUACCGAUUCACCGUUACUGGGCCCUCGUCUGGCUAUACCUUCACUCUCAUGAGCACCAAUGCCCCUGGCAGCGGCUCCCUGGGUGUUUUGCCCCACAUCCACCGCAAGCACUACGAGAACUUCUUCGCGUUCAAGGGCCGCUUCCAGCUGUGGGCUCAGAAGGGUGAAAGCGAGCAGCAGGCUCGCCUGCUCACUCAGGGUGACUAUGGCUCUGUUCCUCGCAACACCACCCACACCUUUCAAAUCCUGGACCCGGACACUGAGAUGAUCGGUGUUAUUUCCCCUGGUGGAUUCGAGGACCUCUUCUAUGCCUUUGGCACCAACUAUUCCUCCGACACCGGCACUAUCUACGUCCCCAAAGCCUCGACUGGCUCCUCCUCCCCGAGCGGCUCCAUCAUGUCCAAGCUACAGAAGUUCGACGUCUAUGCUCAGAACGACUUUGAGCCCCGUCGCGAUCUGGUGAACGGAACCGCCCCCGUCGACAACAGUGAAUGGCACACAGGCUCCAACGAGCUCGGCGCCCCCGGCGAGCCUUACUUUAUCGCCAACGGCUACGGUGAGAAGUACCUGAAUUCCGAGCACGGUUAUCAGGUCAUCCAGCCUCUUGUCUCGCCUAAGCAGUCCCAGGACACCAACCACACCAUCUCCACCAUCUCGAUCAGUCGCCAGACUAAGAACAGCCCGCCCUCUUACACUCUGUCCGGUGCCGCUGCAUUCGAGGUUCUGGAGGGUGUCCUUUCCAUCAAGAUUGGCGACUACCCCGUCGCGACCCUGAACAUGGGAGAUGUGACUUUUAUCCCCGCCCACGUUCCGUUCACUUACUAUAAUGAGGUCUCCUUCACCAAGGUGCUGUAUGUCAGCAGUGGUAACAACGGUGUUGAUCAGCAGCUCAUCAAGAGUGGAAAGAGCUGGAACUGGAUUACCUGGCCGAAGAACUGA